GUGUUGAUACUUUGAUAAAUUUUUGGGUUAUGGUGCCACGUAUUUUCUGGCUAUUUUGACUAUUUUAUUCCAAAAUAUGGGAAAUUCCGAAAGCGUAGAUAUCCCAGGCGGUGGAACCGAAGGAUACCAUGUACUCCGGGUCCAAGAAAAUUCGCCUGCUAGCAAAGCAGGACUUCAACCAUUUUUUGAUUUCAUCGUAUCCAUUAAUGGAACUCGUCUGGACAAAGAUAACGACACUUUGAAAACCAUCCUCAAAAAUGGAAUUGGCAAACAACUUCCCUUAGCGGUGUACAGUUGCAAGACGCAGGGCGUGAGGAGUGUGACCAUUGAGCCUAGUGACACGUGGGGCGGGCAGGGCCUCUUAGGAAUAAGCAUCAAAUUUUGCUCUUUCGAAGUGGCAAAGGAGAAUGUUUGGCACAUUUUGGAAGUCCACCCUAAUUCUCCGGCAUCGAUGGCCGGCUUGAAGCCGUUUACAGAUUACAUAAUUAGCUCAGAUUCGAUUUUGUACGAAAGAGAAGAUCUCUAUAACUUGAUUGAAGGUCACGAUGGCAUUAGCCUAAAAUUAUAUGUUUACAAUUCGGAUGAAGAUAGGUGUAGAGAAGUGAAUAUUACUCCUAAUUCUCGUUGGGGUGGAGAUGGGCUGGUUGGGUGCAGUAUAGGCUAUGGAUAUUUGCACAGGAUUCCAGUGAGAAGCAACGUUAUUCAGCCUCCUCCUACAACGACUAUAUUUAAUCAAGUUCCGACAGUGUCACCAAACAAAAAUGAAACUAGCAACAUGACCACUACUGAAUCUAUAAAUAAUCUUAUUCAAAAUACAGAAAAUUUAACAUUGCUUAGUCAAAAUCCUGUAGCACCGACUACUUCUACAGUCUCGACUACGGCAGAGUCGCCUGUAAGUCAACCGAGCUCGAUGGUUUUCACUUCGAAUGUACCAGCACCCUCGUCGAUCCCUAACUUUAGUAAUUAUAAUAUUCAAGUUCCGCCAGCAAGCGAAGCUCCAGCUUCUGAAGUGAGCAAAUAUUUCGAUCCGAGUCUACAGCAACCUAUAGUGAAUCCAUUAAUGUACAACCCCGCCGAUUACUCCGUAGGUGCUACUAAUUUACAAUACACCAAUUCCCAAAUGCCGCCACCUUUAAGUCCAAUACAAGUGCAAUCCGGUGCUCCUCAAGCAUUUAGCCCAACAACUAGCGCUCCUGCUGGGUUACCUCCACCGCCGCUUUCGGGUUUUCAGAACCAACCAAUCAUUUUUGAUCCACAUAUAGCCGCGCAAUCGGCGCAACAAUUAUUAAGUGGUAAUUUGAUAAACACGAGUAAGCCAUCUCAAAUAAUGUAAUUGAUAAUCUGUAAGAAUGUUUUGUAUAAUAUUCGAGUCUUAAUGAAACCUAACCGAUUUUAUUCCAAUAUAUGUAUAUCUAUUUUUUGUUGAUGGUUCAUUUUGAUUUAGCAUUCUUUAUAAUUCAAUGGAUUCGAUGUUUAAUACUGACCAGCAUAUUUUAAAAGGCAAUGAGAUGUGAUAAACCAAAUGAAAAACAUUCUAUUGUUGUUUCAUUGGUAUUUAUUUAAUGGAUUUUUAAAAAUUUACAAUGAGUUAUAAAUAAUAUGACGGUUAUUAUUAUUUUAAUUUACAAGUUUAACAGCAUGACAACUGUAAAUAAAAAGAUUAUUUUAAAAGAAAAUUGAUUGGAUCUUGAAAGAGACAUAAAUGGAUUUUUGGUCUAUAGAAUCUACAAAAAUUACGGGAAAACAAAAAAUGUUUAAUUCUUGAAAUGAAAUAAUCAGAUGAGUUAUUAUUUUUCUCUGCAAGUCUGUAAAACAAUUCACAAUAAUUUUAUAAUGCGAACAACACGGUAACUUUUACGGGCCAGUAUUUUAGAAAUUUUAAUUAAUAGGUUGCUAUUUGUUUUAAAUAUUUUCUUGAUUAAAUUUUUAAAGCAUCUUUAUACUGCUAUAAAACCAGGUCACUAUUAAUUAAUCAUUUGGUUUUUCAGACUCAUUGAUUUAUUUAAACAUUGUAAAAUACAAUAAGUACAUUAUAUUUAUUAUUUCCUGUUAAACAAAUCAUUUAAUAAAUA